AUGCUGUUCAUUGAUGGUACUUUCGUCACAAACAAGUACAAGGGUACUCUUCUAGGAGCUACUGCAAAGAAUGGAAAUAAAGAAGUAUUCCCUUUUGCCUUUGCCAUUGUAUCCGGUGAAACUGUGGAUAAUUGGAGGUGGUUUCUGCAAAGGAUAUCUGAAGUCUUGGUUGAUGAAGGUAGGCAACUUACAUUCAUUUCUGAUAGGCAUGGUGCUAUUAUCGAUGCUGUUAGGACUGUUUUUCCUACUUCUCCCCAUGGUUUUUGUCUAUAUCAUUUGAAAGAGAACUUGAAAAAGAAGUAUCCGCAUGCUGUUGGUUCCUCUUUCAAGGAUCAUAUUUUAUGGCCUUUUUGUAAGUUGUUGUAUGCACCGACUGUUGAGGAAUAUCAAGAUACGUUGAAAAAAUUAAGAGAUGAUGGCGGUUCAAAAAUAAUUGAUAAGUUUUUGGCUGAUCUCCCUGUCCAAAAUUUUGCUAAUGCAUUUUUUUCGGGAAAGAGGUAUGGGGAGGUUAGUAAUGCCUUGUCCGAGUCGUUUAAUUCAUGGAUUAAGGAUGUGCGUAGGCUUCCAAUUUAUGAGAUGAUUGACACUGUUAGGAUCAAAAUGAUGGAGAUGAUUUCUAGGAGGAAGCUUGCAUCCGAGAAAUGGAGUAGUGUUUUGUGUCCUGUUAUUGAGGAUGAGUUGAAGAAUUUAGCUGCAAAGGGUCGUCAUUGGAGGAUAUGUCGCGCGAGUGAAUCUGUUUUUGAAGUUCAUGCUGAUUUGAGUGUUAUGGUCAAUUUGGACGAGAGGUUUUGCUCCUGUUAUCAGUGGCAAUUGCUUGGGUUUCCGUGUCAGCAUGCGAUUCAAGUUAUCCAACAUUCCGGGUUAUGUUUGUACAACUUUGUGGAUGAGUAUUACAAGGCAGACUUUUAUAAGGCUACUUAUGCAACCCCUAUAUUUCCCAUACCUGAUAUUGAGAAGCCUCCUCCUGAGAUGUUUUUCUUCUACCUCCUCAUACAGGAAAGCCUCCGGGACGACCUCCGACAAAGCGCUUCAAGUCAAGCAGUGAAACUAAAAGGCAGGUGA